AUGGCUUCCAAAUCACAAUUCCCUUACGGCAAGUUUUUGAAGUCCGAAAACUAUGAAUAUGCGGACACUUGGUUCUACAAGGUUCGGGAAUCGGAUUUCACCACACAAUCCGGGGCCGGUGAAGUGGAGUGUUUGGGAAGCGUAAAUAUUGUCGCUGGUAUUCAAAGCGUCAUGGGUUUCGUUGAGAGAGUCAAGCCUGAAUUCUGA